AUGACGCCUGUCCUCCUUGGCGGAGGAAUUUGCACUGCGCGCACCCUGAACCUCACCUACCCUCGCUACCUCCCUCCCCCCACCUACCUCCUUCUGCCCCUCCACCGCGCACGCGCUGAGCACGCCGAGGUUAUUACACCCGAUGGGCACCCGCAAUCCAACCCGGCGCGAGUAUGUUAUACGUUACGCACCUCAUUGUGCGUCCAAAGCCGUGUGUCAGCUCUGGAC